AAGCAGCGCCACACAAUAAGGGGGGACCAGCAGGAGCCCACGUGGCCCACAGGUGAGAGCGAGACACCAGCAGGAGCCCACGUGGCCCACAGGUGAGAGCGAGACACCAGCAGGAGCCCACGUGGCCCACAGGUGAGAGCGAGACACCAGCAGGAGCCCACGGGGCCCACAGGUGAGAGCGAGACACCAGCAGGAGCCCACGUGGCCCACAGGGGGGCUGUCGCCGGGCUGAGGCCGCAUGCACAGAGCCAUGGCCUGAUGGGGAUGAGGGGGGAGCAGCCUGGGUGCAUGGAAGGACAGGGCCCAGGAAGGGCUGAGUCAGUACCGCUGCCACUCGGAGAACCAGCGUCCCUCAGGAGCCACUACCGGUGCGGUCCGGGUAAGCAGGUGUCCUGAGCUGGCCGGGGGCCAGGACCUACCCCAAGUUCUAGCUACGGGGAGAGCCCCUAGGGCCGGGCUUGCGCACCGACAUGCAAAAGAGGGGGUGGUGCAGGAAGUCAACACCUGGCCCUGCUCCCGCGGAGCCCGGGGACAAACCGGCUUCGGCAGCUCCUUGAAGACCGGGCAGUGCCACCUGGACGGUGGGACGGACACACAGCAGCAGAGAGAGCCUGCGCCUGCCCCGCAGACCACGCCGCCUGGAAGAGCAGUCUCUGGUUUUGGAAAACGAAGGAUCGGCAGGACAACUGAAAAUGCCCAGGAGGAAGAUAUGCUGGGUCCCCAGCUCUUCCGGCGGCGGCGUCGUGAAUCUCGGCUUCGAUGUGGGUGACGGCAUGGUCUCGGGACUUAGCUACAGAACAUACACCCCUGAAGACGGUUACCCACAAAUCCAGGAGCCUGAGCCGCCUGGGAGCGCAGCGGCCCCGCCUCGGGGGAAGCGUGACGCCUGGAAGAUGCUGCUGCCCUUCCGCCCCAAGCCCGAGUUCCCGUCCCCUCAGCCCCUGGAUGACGCCGGCCUGUUCUCCUACUCGACGGUGUCGUGGCUGAGCCCCCUCAUGAUGCAAGGCCUCCGGAAGCGCUUGGAUGAGAACACCAUCCCCCCGCUGUCAGCGCAGGACGCCUCCACCCGCAGUGCGCACAGGCUCCGCCUGCUUUGGGAGGAAGAAGUCUCGAGGCAUGGCUUGGAAAAGGCCUCCGUGUUCCGCGUGAUGCUCAGGUUCCAGAGAACGAGGACCAUUAUGGACGCGAUCCUGGGCGCAUGCUUUUCCAUCCUGAGUGUGCUGGGGCCGGCGCUGAUCAUCCCCAGGAUCCUGGAAUAUUCCCGGGAGCAGUCCGGGGGCGUCGGCUACGCUGUGGGGCUGUGCCUCGCCCUGUUUGCCGUCGAGUGCCUCAAGUCCCUGAGCAUGUGCGCGUGCUGGGUCGUCAGCCAGCGCACCGGCAUCCGCUUCCGCGCAGCCGCCGCCUCCCUGGCCUUCCAGAAGCUGCUGCAGUUUAAGUCGCUGACGCACAUCACCACCGGCGAGGCCAUCAGUUUCUUCACCAGCGACACCAACUACCUGUUCGAAGGCGUGUACUACGGCCCCCUCAUCUUCCUGAGCUGCUCGUCGCUGCUGACCUGCAGCGUCGCCUCCUACCUCACGCUGGGACCCACCGCGCUGAUCGCCACGCUCUUCUACCUCCUGAUCUUACUGCUGAUGGCGCUCCUGACCCUCAUGAUUGUGAAGAGACAGAAGCAAACCUCUGAGGUCAGCGACCAGCGCAUCCGGGUGACCAGUGAAGUCCUCACCUGCAUUAAGCUGAUUAAAAUGUACACGUGGGAGAAGCCAUUCGCACACAUAAUUAAAGACCUGAGAAGGAAGGAAAGGAAGCUGAUGGAGAAGAGUGGGUUUGCCCAGAGCCUGGGCACGGUGCUGCUGUUCGUGGCCCCCACCGUGGCCACCUUGGUGAUGUUCCUCACGCACGUUGGCCUCCAGCUGGAGCUCACAGCUUCCCUGGCCUUCACGGUCCUGGCCAUCUGGAACACCAUGCGGCUGUCGGUGUUCUGCAUUCCCUUCUCGGUCAAAGGCCUCACGGAGUCCAAGUCUGCGGCAGAGAGGUUCAAGAGGUUCUUCCUGCAGGAGAGCCCCGUGCUGUACGUCCAGCCGGCCAAGGACCCCAGCAGAGCGCUGGUGUUGGAGAAGGCCACCUUGUCCUGGCGCAGGGCCUGCCCCGGGGUGGUCAACGGGGCCUUGGAGCUGGAGAGGAACGGACACGCUCACGAGGGGACGCCCGGGGCUCAGCCCCAGCCAGGCGCCCUCGGGCCCGAGGACACGGGGGACGGCCUGGCCCCGGUGUUGCACAGGAUCCACCUGGCGGUGUCCAAGGGGACCCUGCUGGGGGUCUGCGGCAGCACCGGGAGCGGCAAGAGCAGCCUGCUGUCAGCGGUCCUGGGGGAGGCGAGCCCCGGGGUCCAGAGGCCAGAGGGGCCCUGGAUGUCCCCUGGGCACCGCCCUGAGACUGACUCACGCCCGCAGAUGCACCUGCUGGAGGGCUCGGUGGGCGUGCACGGGAGCCUGGCCUACGUGCCCCAGCAGGCCUGGCUCCUCACGGGCAGCGUCAGGGACAACAUCCUCAUGGGAAGCCAGUGCGACCAGGCCCGGUACCGCCAGGUGCUCCACUGCUGCUCCCUGAACCGCGACCUGGAGAUCCUGCCCUUCGGAGACAUGACGGAGAUCGGGGAGCGGGGCCUCAACCUCUCGGGGGGGCAGAAGCAGAGAAUCAGCCUGGCCCGCGCCGUCUACUCGGACCGCGAGGUCUACCUGCUGGACGACCCGCUGUCGGCCGUGGACGCCCGCGUGGGGCAGCACAUCUUCGAGGAGUGCAUCCGGAAGACGCUCCGUGGCAAGACGGUCGUCCUGGUGACGCACCAGCUGCAGUAUCUGCAGUUUUGCGACCAGGUCAUUUUGCUGGAAGACGGGAAAAUCUGUGAGCAGGGGGUUCACAGUGAGCUGAUGCAGAAGAAGGGGCGAUACGCCCACCUCAUCCAGAUGAUGCAUGGGGAGGCCACACAGAACACACUCCAGGCGGCCAGAGAGCCUCAGGUGGGAGGCCCGGCCCAGCACCCCCUCCAGGAGGAGCCUCUUGGGGACAGUGAAGGGCUGCAGAACCAGCUCACACAGAAGGAGAAGAUGGAAGAAGGGUCCCUGACGUGGCGUGUCUACCACCACUACAUCCGGGCGACCGGAGGGUAUGCGGUCGCCAUCAUGGUUUUCCUGCUCAUGUUGCUGUUCAACGCCUUCUCUGCCUUCUACUUCUGGUGGCUGAGCUACUGGCUGGGGCAGGGCUCAGGGACCAACAGCAGCUGCGAGAGCAACAGAACCGCCUCGGACCCGGGCGACAUCCUGGACAACCCCGCCCUGCCCUUCUACGAGGCGGUGCUGGGCCUCAGCGCCCUGGGCCUGGCCUGCGUGGGGGUCUGCUCCGCGGCAGCCUUCACCCGGGCCACCAGAACGGCGUCCACCGCGCUGCACGACGACCUCUUCAGCAAGGUCUCCCUCUGCCCCAUGAGCUUCUUCGACACGACGCCCACGGGCCGGCUGCUCAACUGCUUCGCGGGGGACCUGGACCAGCUGGACCAGCUGCUGCCCAUCGUGGCCGAGCAGUUCCUGCUGCUGGUCCUGGUGGUGCUGAUCAACAUGGUGAUCGUCAGCGUGCUGUCCCCCUACGUGCUGCUCAUCGGCAUCGUCCUGUUCGCCACCUGCCUCCUCUACUUCGUGAAGUUCAAGCGGGCCUUGAACGUGUUCAAGAGGCUGGAGAACUACAGCCGCUCCCCACUCUUCUCCCACAUCCUCACCGCCCUGCGCGGGCUCAGCUCCAUCCACGUCUACGGGAAAACCGAGGACUUCGUCCGCCAGUUUAACAGGCUGAACGACGUGCACAAUAACUACCAGCUGAUGUUCCUGUUCUCCACGCGCUGGGUGUCGCUGAGGAUGGAGCUUAUGGCCAACCUGGUGACCCUGGCCGUGGCCUUGUUCGUGGCCCUUGGGAUGUCCUCGGCCUCCCACUCCUUCCAAGCCUUGACCAUCAGCCUCAUCCUGCAGCUGGCGUCCAACUUCCAGGCCACGGCGCGCGUGGGCUCGGAGACGGAGGCCUACUUCACGGCGGUGGAGCGGAUGCUGCAGUACAUGAAGCUGUGCGUCCCCGAGGCUCCGCCACACGUGGGAGGCGUGAGCUGCCCGGCCGGGUGGCCACAGCGCGGGGAGGUCUGCUUCCAGGACUAUCAGAUGAGAUACCGCGACAACACCCCCAUCGUCCUCAAGGGCAUCAGCCUGACCAUCCGCGGCCAGGAGAUGGUGGGCAUCGUGGGCCGGACCGGCUCCGGGAAGUCCUCCUUGGGGAUGGCGCUCUUCCGCCUGGUGGAGGCCGCGGCGGGCCGGAUCCUCAUCGACGGCGUGGACAUCAGCGGCGUCAGCCUGGAGGACCUGCGGUCCAAGCUGUCCGUCGUCCCUCAGGACCCCGUCCUGUUCUCGGGGACCAUCAGGUUGAACCUGGACCCCUUUGACCGGCACACGGACGAGCAGAUCUGGGGCGCCCUGGAGAGGACCUUCCUGAGCAGGACGAUCCUGAAGUUUCCGCAAAGGCUGCAGGCGGAGGUGGAGGAGAACGGCGAGAACUUCUCGGUGGGGCAGAGGCAGCUGCUCUGCAUCGCCCGCGCCCUCCUGCGCAACUCCAAGAUCAUCCUCAUUGAUGAAGCCACCGCCUCCAUCGACUCGGAGACCGACACGCUGAUCCAGCGCACGAUCCGCGAGGCCUUCCGGGACUGCACGGUGCUCAUCAUCGCCCACCGCAUCACCACCGUGCUCGGCUGCGACCGCAUCCUGGUCAUGGACAACGGGAAGGUUGUGGAGUUCGACAGGCCGGAGGUCCUGCAGCGGAAGCCGGGGUCCAUGUUCGCAGCCCUGCUGAGGACGGCCACUUCACAGGGCUGAGGGCGACGGGUCCCCAGCGGACAGCCCGCAGCCUGCGGGGGCAGAGAAGGCAGAGAGCCGGAGCCGGGCGGACGUGGCAGAGGGGUGCAGGGGGUGGAGGAAUAGGAGACGGGAGCGAAGCCUGGACGGCCGCUCUGUGGCCCCCAAACCUGAGACCCCAGCGUCCUCCGAGACCGCGAGGGCGAGGGUCCGCGUGUCUCUCACGGGCGUGUGGCGCGCUCUCACCAGGCUGUGAUUCCCGGCCUGUGUGCGAAGUGUUGCCAAUGAUGUACUGAUUUUGUAAAAAAGAAUAAAAGUAAAAA